UAGAUAACUUGGUUAAAGACUUGUGAAAGAGAUCCCGGUCUCCACGCUUGAGAGUCUCCUCCGCUCACGACCCAGGUGCUUCCUUUUUGUAGCUUUGUAUCUCGCUCAGACGCUCUCCACUGAAGACUUGCGAUCUCUCAGAGCUGAGAAAAUGUGGUAUUGAUACUGAAAAGUUUUAAGAAUUUCGAGUCUUUUGGAUUUUCUGUGAGUUGGGAAUCUAUAAAUAACCAAGAUUUUGAUACGCUUAAGGUCGAUCCUACCCUUGGAUUGGUUUCAGAUAGCAGAUAAAGAUCAAGGAGUUCGAGGGAAGAGUCUUAGGCUUGGUUUUCAAGACUUCCCAGGGGGAGAGGGAGAUAAAAGAAUGUCAAGUGGAAGAAACACCCAUUGGUGUUACCGGUGCAGGCAACCAGUUCGACUGCGAGGACGAGAUGCAGUGUGCGACAGCUGUAAUGGAGGAUUUAUUCAAGAACUUGAUGAUAUGGUGCACAUCAACCCAUUUGAUUUCCUUGGACUGGAUAUUGAUGAAGAUCAUGACAGGAGGUCAGGACUUAUGGAAGCUUUCUCAGCUGUUAUGAGGCAUCGAUUGGUAGACAGGAGCCAUAGCCAUGACAUCAGAGGCUUCAGAGCUAGAUCAGAUUCAGUUCCGGAACAUGCUCCUGGUGUGGGUCCUUUGCUGGUUUUUGGUCGUCAAAUUCCUUUUAGAUUGUCCGGAAAUGGUGGGCUUGAAGCUCUUUUAAAUGGGACUCCCGGGAUUGGUCUUGCAUGGGGUAAUGCAGGUGAUUAUUUUGUAGGCCCUGGACUGGAAGAGCUGUUUGAACAGCUUUCAGCUAAUGAUCAGAGAGGUCCUCUCCCGGCAUCUAGAUCUUCAAUCAAUGCGAUGCCAACUAUUAAGAUCGCACAGAGGCAUCUUGGUUCCGAUUCGCACUGUCCUGUAUGCAAAGAUAAAUUCGAGCUAGGGUCUGAAGCAAGGCAAAUGCCAUGUAAUCAUAUAUAUCACUCAGACUGUAUUGUCCCAUGGCUAAUCCAGCACAAUUCAUGCCCUGUAUGCCGCCAAGAGCUGCCACCACAAGGAAUGAAUAGUGGCCGUAGUACAAAUAAUCGAAGUAGAAGCAGCACUUAUGUUAGUAAUGCUGAGGGAAGGGAGAAUAAUAGGAAUGAUCAAGGAAGAAGGAAUCCAUUCUCUUAUCUGUGGCCAUUCCGCACAUCUAAUUCGAGCUCAAACCAUAAUGGAACUGCUGGAAGCAGCUCUCCAACUAUUCGUGACAACAACCAGCAGCUGGGUUAUUCUGGGUAGCGUUUUGGCUAAAGUUCUUUGUUUAGAUCGCCAUUUCCGUUUAUUGCCAUUGUGAUCAAGAUUAGCGGAGUGGGAGUAUGUUGCUUGAUUGGUGAAUGAUGGUCUUUUUAUGUUUUGUACUUAGCUGUGCUUUUUAUGUAAAUGACUUCACUUUGGGUGAAUAACCUUGGCUGCUUCAGUGUUCCUGUUCCUGCCUUUUUAUGCUUCAUGAUUGUGUCGGUUUGAUGUUGAUCCUAGAGAGUAAAGGGUUGGCUUUGUUUUCACUUGUAUCCCAAGUACGAAAUGGGCUUUGCAAGUUCUCAAGUUAGAAGAGUGCAUACUGGUACGUUUCAUGGGUAAGAUUCAGAGAACGAAACAUUGAGGUAUUCAGAGGAGGAAGAUCAAUUCAUCAACCAGGCAUAGAGUCCUGUCUCCUCGGUGCCAACUGAAACGAAUUCACGAGCCUGUAUCCUAUAAAGUACGCUGGGGACCUUUUCUCACUGUAGCCAUGUAUAAAGAAGAGCUUUACUUGGUCUCUAGUUCGUGUCAGAUGUGUUCUUUUUCUUUUUUCUCAGCAGCCAAAGCAACUGGCGAGUGGGUCUGGUAUUGAUAUAUUCGAUGUGAAUUCUAUUUACCAAAGUAUGGAAAUAAGCUACUGCUAUGCUGCUCAAAAAUACAA